UUUCGCACUUGUUGUUCAUAAUAUUGGAGCAUGAUGAACAAGCUUUAAAAAAAUUCUUUACUUCAUUUUUUUUUUCAUCAGAACGCGGGGAAAGAAAACGAAACGGCGAGUUUUAUUGGACAAAGAAAUCGCUAGAGCAACUUUGUCCCGAGUAAGACACCAGAGCAGCAGUUUGUCACCAGUAAGCCUAAUAAAAGAGUUACAAUGGCCUCAGCAGUGGUAAGACAUUCUAUAGACAACAUUCUACGAAGCCCAGUGAGCAGCAUCAACAAAGACAGACCAGACACCUUCAAUUAUACCACAGUGAAGCUCGAUCUGUCUAGCAACAAGUUCUGCACCAGCAAAGCUCCAACAGCGCCCUCUUCAGAGGUCAGUCAAGCGAACAAUAACUCUGUGGGGUCUGUGGACGAUAAUGAAUGCGAGGUCAAGAGAGAGAACCCUGGCGACAGCAGUCACGAUGAUGAGAUCGUGGGGUCAAACGACGACUGCGUGAGCAGGGACGAAGCAGGUGGGAGUGGGGUCACAUCUUGUGUCGUGAGUGAGACGGAGGGAAACAUCAGCUGGCACCAUCGAGCUGCUUCUUCGUGUACAGACUUACGUUUGGCUAGACAGGAAUCAAAGCCUGAAGUUGCUCAUAUCCAAAGAUCUCCUAGUGCAAAGUUACGAUGCAACCUUUCUCAGCCGAGCAUGACGUCACCGCCGAAAGAGUACAACCGGAAACGGCUCCAAGCUGAACUGCUCGAAGAGAGUAUGGCUGUACAAGACACUAUUUCAAAUCGCGAAUUAGCUAUGAAAUCGAAUAGCCCUCAACAUUUGACGAACCCUGCAGUUUUUCCAGAAAUUAAUCAUAAAACUUUUAAAAACAACAGCGCAGCCAGAGGAAACGAAGCUGAAAAAUUGUACUUUGCUGAAAAGGGGAUGGAUAUCCAAAACGAAGACAUAGCAGUGAAAGUUGAAGUGAAGGAUAUGGGCCCGAAAGAUAAUUUUUUGCAGAAUAUCAAAAGUUCGCCUCCCAAACCAGACGUUUCAUCUCUUGAGAGUAGAUCUUUAGCUAUGCAACCAAAGAAAACUUCUGAGUUUAACCCUCCUCUUCGCAGGAUCAAGUCGGAAGAAUAUCGCGAUGAAAACCCAAUACAAUAUAACCAAAACAAAAAUAUAUCAGACAGUAACUCGAACAUUCAUUUCCUGGCACAGCAGAAUCGCCUUGGCAACAUAAAAAAGCGUCUACCGGAACCAAAACACAGUUGGAUAACCAAUGAGAGCCCUGGAAAGGCGACGGAAGAAGAGGCAAACGACACCCCGUCGUCAUCAGCUGUUGGUGCAUCUUCUAGCUGUCAUGGGAGUGUGUCUGCGAACGGGCAGACGUGCGGAGCAAAAAAACGACGCGUUCGCACGACAUUCACCGCGGAGCAGCUUCAACUUCUAGAAGAGAUGUUCUGUGUGACGCAUUACCCGGACGCGAAUGCCCGUGAGGGGCUUGUGGCCAGGACUGGACUCAACGAAGAACGAGUGCAGAUUUGGUUUCAAAAUCGUCGUGCUAAAUGGCGCAAGCACUCGAGGCUACGAAAUUUCGGAGGGCUACAAGAUCUUACGGAAGUGUCCUAUGUCCCCGCCCCUCAGCCAAAUCACAAACUGGAUAUUACACCUAAACCAGUCCCUGGAAGUGAGCAAAGUGCUCAAGGAUUCGACACUCUUUUACAACCCCUCAAAUCCCCCUUGGGCCCUCGACUGGAAGACAUUGCCGCCCUCUCCAGAGCCUCCAGUCGCUCUCCACUGGGCAUGCCCUUCAGCUACCCCUCGCCUUAUCUCGGGUUCUCUCCCCUGUUGCUGCAAUACUACCCACAGCUCUUCUACACCUCGAGGUUUCUUCCGUCUCCACAAGUACCUCCACCUCACAGCCCCCUCAUCCCGCCAGACACAUCAGCUAGCUCUCUCAUAGGAAGACUUACUCACGGGCACAGUCCUUAUUUCGCAGAACCUGAUGCAGCCCUUUUGGGACGUGAAUACAUGCAGUCGUCAUUUUCACCAAUGACGCCGUACAACAGAUCACAAGCUAUGAACCUUGCCAACGCAACAAAUACCAUUUCCCAACGAAGGAAGACUUUUAACAGCUUUGAACCACAGACUGAAAGAAAGACGUCUCCCCUUACAUGCGUGGAUUCUUGCGGUGACACCGUAGAGAAUGACGAUGUUGACCUCGACGUCACUUCCAGCACUGAGCCAGAAAAGGAAAAUCAUCUGAAAAGAUCUUUCUCUGAAGAGAGUUUACAGAACAAAUCCAUGCAUCAGUCUACAGCGACGGAUGUUGCAAAGAAGAGAGACCACCCAUACUUUAAACCCAGAUCAAGCAGUUCUGAAUCCCCGAUGUCUCUUGUGUCGAAACCUAACAACGAUUCUGGUUUCCUAGGCGACGAAGGAAGUGAUAUCGACUCUUCUGGACUUGAAACUACGACAAGCAGUAAGCCAGAGACGUCGAGCGAACAGAGAAAACGAAGGGCAAGUUCGCCGUCUUUGGGUUUGUCCAUCACACCGAAUCUCACCCCGAGGUAUGGCGCACGGACCUGACGAUCUACUUUAAGAGACAUGAAGACC